AUGGCCGAGUCGGACCCUCCCGUGGAACCCAAGCCCGUUCCUGUUGAAUUAGCGCCCGCCGUGCCCGUGGCAGCAGUGAGUCUGAAACUGCCGCCAUUUUGGCCGAAUGACCCCACACUUUGGUUUGCCCAAGUCGAGGCACAGUUUCUCACCCGCCACAUCACAGUGCAGGACACAAAAUUUGCCUACGUAGUCAGUUCGCUCCAGCCGGACAUCGCUCAAGAAGUGCGUGAUUUACUGGUUUCCCCACCCACUCACGAUCGCUACAACACCCUAAAAAAGGAAUUAAUCAAGCGGACAUCCGCCUCGGAGCAAAAACGCCUACACCAGUUGCUAAUCGCAGAAGAGUUGGGGGACCGAAAACCGUCUCAGCUGUUGCGACGUAUGCGACAACUUCUAGGCGAGAACACCAUGGAGGACAACAUUCUCAAGCAACUGUUUUUGCAACGUCUUCCCACGACAAUCCAAGGGAUUCUUGCCUCCACAUCAACUGCGGUGAACAUCGAACAGCUGGCCGAUACCGCCGACAAAAUCGUCGAGGUAUCGGUACCAACAGUGUCUACAGUGAACACUCAUGCCGCUGCAGUUUCCAGCCCUGAACCUGCCCAUACGGUCGCGAACUUCCAGACCCUCGAGACAAGGAUCAACCAGCUUACUGAGCAAGUCCAAGCUCUCACUGGCCAACUAAGCCGUCAAACACGACAACGGUCACGUAGCCGAGAUACCUCCAAUCACAACCGCCAGUCUCGCAGUCGCAGGCCUUCUCGUGACCCAACCGACUGCUGGUACCAUUGGCGCUAUGGAUCAAAGGCACGGAAGUGUGUUCAACCAUGUUCCUUCAAGACCAACCCCAACCCCCAGGGAAACGCGGAGGCCGGCAACUAG